ACUCCCUAAAGAAAAUCCAUGUUUCAUGUUAGAAUUUUGGCUUUCCAAAAGUACCCUUACACUAAUAACUACCACAAUUUUUCUGUUACUGUUUCUGAUACAAAACACAACACAUCACAGAAUACCACCCACUCACUACAGUCAUGGCGUCGUGGUGGUGCUCCUCACCCUCUGCCACCGUCAGCGCCACCGUCAGCGCCACCAUCCGCCGAUACUCUCUCACCCCUCACUCUUCACAAUUUCGCAUCCAACCCCUCCCAUUCUCACCUUCUUCCUCUCCUCGCAAAUACACCGCUCCAUCUCCGCUUCGAUUUAGGGUUCCAUGCUCCAACAAAACCGCCUUCAAAACCGGCAAAGAACUCGACCUUCCGGAUUCUCCGCCGCCGGCCACGGUGGAUUGCGUGGGAACGGGCCAAGACGUGGAGUGCCUUAUCGAGGCAGAAGAGAAAGAAUCUGAAUCAUUGUCAUCAUCAUCAUCAUCAACUCUCUGCCUCGCUGAAGCGUUGUGGGAAUGGGCGGUGUUGGUUUCGCCGUUCUUCUUCUGGGGCACUGCUAUGGUGGCGAUGAAGGAGGUGCUACCGAAAUGUGGUCCCUUCUUCGUUUCGGCGUUUCGGCUCAUUCCCGCUGGGUUUCUUCUGAUUGGGUUCGGUGCUUGGAGAGGAAGAGUUUUUCCAUCUGGCUUCAACGCUUGGCUUUCUAUCACUCUCUUCGCUCUUGUCGAUGCUACUUGCUUUCAGGGUUUUCUUGCAGAAGGGUUGCAGAGGACUUCAGCUGGUUUGGGCAGCGUUAUAAUUGAUUCACAGCCUUUGACUGUGGCUGUGCUCGCAGCUUUGUUGUUUGGCGAGUCCAUUGGCAUUGUUGGAGCUGCUGGGCUUGUACUUGGUGUCAUAGGACUUGUACUACUCGAGUUACCUGCCCUAUCAUUUGAUGAAAGCAACUUCUCACUGUGGGGAAGUGGUGAGUGGUGGAUGCUUCUUGCAGCUCAGAGUAUGGCAGUUGGCACGGUCAUGGUUCGGUGGGUCUCCAAGUACUCUGAUCCUGUCAUGGCAACUGGAUGGCAUAUGGUUAUUGGUGGUCUUCCACUCGUGCUGUUCUCAGUUCUUAACAAUGACCCAGCUUUAAGUGGGAGUCUUAAAGAGUACAGUUCAACUGAUAUAUUGGCACUCCUCUACACCUCCAUUUUUGGAAGUGCCAUAAGCUAUGGUGUGUUCUUUUAUAGUGCAACUAAAGGUAGCUUGACCAAGCUCAGUUCGCUUACCUUUUUGACCCCAAUGUUUGCUUCAAUUUUUGGGUUUCUAUAUCUUGGUGAGACCUUCUCACCUGUACAACUAGUUGGGGCCCUUAUCACUGUUGCUGGAAUAUACAUGGUUAACUUCAGAAACACUUCUGAAUGAAUUGUCCAUUUUUUAACUGGUUCUUUCAACCCAUCAACCCAGUGGAAAAGAAUUGUUCGGGAAUUACAUGUUCACCAUAAACUCAAAUUGGGAACACGCUAGAAGCAAGUUUGGGCGUGGAGCGGAGAAAUUUGAGUGAUAUACAACUCUCAGCCCUUGGGAUCGUGCUUUAUAGUGUAAGUACAAUUUUGUUUACUUGUUAGUUUAGGCUUCGAGACUCUUGGCAAUUAUACCGGAAAGUUGGAAGUUACAUGGGCAGAACACUAGCCUUUAAAGGUUUUCUUUGCUGUGUAAGAUGACUCGAGUGUAAAAUUAUGCCUGUACAAGAAUGUAUAUAUUAUUAUUAUUAUGAUUGGUUUAUGGCUAGUUUUGGGCUUAAUGAAUUUUUUAAUAACUAUUUACUAGAAUAAAAUUAAAAGCAAAUAUAUUCCUUGUUUGGAAUAAAUUUUUGCCACGUUAGUUAUGUUUCGUAUUUAAGUGAGAUAAAAUUAAUUUUUUUAUUUUUAAUUUAUUCAUUUCAUCUAAAAUAAAGAUGAAAUUAGCCAGAAUGUGACACGCAUUUCGUAUACAAUAUGGACAAUUUAUUUAUUAAAAAAAGUUACGAAUACAUUUAUUUUUUUAUUUUUUUUCUUUCUUUUCAUUGAUAUAAUUUAUUUAUUUUUCUUUUUUUUUUACCACAAAUCUCAUUUAAUAUCUUUUUAUGAUUCUACGCGAUUUACAUAGUAUUAACUCAUUUAUUUUUCUCUUUUUUUCUAUUAUAAAAAUUUAUUUAAUUUUUUCAUCCUCUUCUAAUUGAGUCACGUGCAUUUAUGGAAUUGUAAAUUUAAAUUUAAAUUUUUAUUUUAUUUUUUGUUUUUAUUGUAUACAAGACAUGUUCUGGCUGAUUUUGUUCCUAUUUUAGAUGAAAUAAGUAAAUUAAAAAUAAAAAAAUAAUUUUUUCACUUAAAUAUAAAAUAUAGUCUAAUGUGACAAAAAUUUAUUCCGGACAAAGAAUAUGUUUGUUUUUAAUUUUAUUUUAGUAAAUAGUUAUUAAAAAAUUCAUUAAGUCCUAGUUUUGUGUUUGGCGAAU